AUGGAUCUUCACGAUGCAUAUGUUCUUCUUAACUGGUCGGCCGGAGAGCUGUCCACUCGGUUUCAACGUGUUCCUGGCUCACAGAUUCUUUUACGCUACAUUAAAAGCUCAUACCAAAAUGAUCCUGUUCGUAGUGUUGUUGAGCUUUGUUUGUUUCUCUUCGCAGUUAGGUACCUCCUAGCCCCUCGAUAUUCGACCACUCAGAAGGGGGCUGUUGAGCUCACUGAAGAUGUAAGUAAUAGAGCUCCUUCUCUUUCUAAAAGAUAACGAGAAAUUCCAGGUUGUUGCACGUGAGUUAAUUUGACGUACGAAUAGGAGAUUGACGAACUUGUCGAGGAUUGGACUCCCGAACCACUUGUACCAGGUCUUACUGAGGUUGAGCAAGCUGAGAACGAGAAGCGGCCGGUAAUUGUUGGGUUUGUUUGUUUUCAAUUCCGGAAUAGUCUCAGUGGCUUCUAUUCUAACUAUGCGCCUGCUUGCUAGACCUACCGGUCCCAAGGUUAAACUUUCUAAUGGUCGUACCGUCAAUAAUUUCGCCUCUUAUAAUUUCUUCAACUUUGUUUCCAACGAACUUUUGAAAGACCGUGCUGUCCAAAUUCUUCGCAACUAUGGUGUCGGUGCUUGUGGUCCCCCAAAUUUUUAUGGAACCCAGGAUGUUCACAUGGACACGGAACGAGACAUUGCUAAAUUCCUCGGCAUGCCGGCCUGCAUUAUUUAUGCACAAGCAUUUUCUACAAUCUCUUCUGUCAUUCCCGCCUUUUCCAAACGCGGUGAUAUUAUUGUUGCCGACAAGGCAGUCAACUUUGCGAUUCAGAAGGGACUCCAAAUCUCUCGAAGUACUAUUAGGUGGUACGAGCACAAUGACAUGGAAGACUUGGAGAGGGUGCUUGAACAGGUUAAGAAGGAUAUGGCUAGAAAGCCUUUGACGAGAAGAUUUAUUGUUACAGAGGGGCUUUUUGAGAAUACCGGUGAUAUUGUUGAUCUGCCGGCCAUCGUGAGCUAAUUUCUAUCCUUGUGGUUUCGUGGGGUGGGAUGGUGCUAACCGCUAUAUUCUGGCAUCCUAGGUUGAACUCAAGCAGCGCUACAAGUAUCGUCUAAUCCUCGAUGAAUCUUACUCCUUUGGCGUCCUCGGCCGUACUGGGCGUGGCGUCACCGAACAUCAGAACGUUGACCCUCAGUCCGUGGAGAUGCUCGUUGGCUCACUCGCCCAUGGUAUCUGUUCAGGUGGAGGGUUCUGUGCGGGAAGUCCGGAAGUUGUUGAUCACCAACGUAUUUCCAGCUCCGCUUAUGUAUUUUCUGCCGCUCUUCCAGCUAUGCUUGCUGUUACUACAUCGGAAACUCUCAAGUUACUCGAGGGAAAUCCUCAGGUUUUAACGGCGCUAAGAGAGAACAUUAGAGCCUUCAGAGCUCAGAUGGAUAGGUGCGAGUAUGUCGAGUGCACUAGUGCUUUGGACAAUCCAGUCUGCAUAUUUAUCCUUAAGCGAGAUGGCCUUGAGGGAAGGAUAUUUGAUAGUGAAGAAAAGGUGUUGAUGGACAUUGUUGAUGAGGUUCGUUUUUCUUGCGAUCAAAAUUAACCCUGGCCCUUCACUGUUUCAUUGGACUUAUAAGACAUUCCACAGGCCCUCGCGAAUGGUGUCAUGGCCUCACGUGUCAAGCACAUCCAUGAAACGCAAGGUACUAAGCCUUUCGGUUGGCAGUGUGUACCAUCCUUCAAAGCUUGUAUAACCAUCGGCCAUACCAAGAAGGAAGUUGAGAAAGCUGGAAGUGUGACUAGACAAGCUGUUGGGAAAGUGAUGGCACGGUUGAAGAAGUAGUAGCGGUACAGCUGACUGUUCAAUUAAUGCUUGUGAAGCGACAUUUCCGGUUCAUCUGUUUUCUCUCCAACUAUUUCCUACAGCUUGUGUAUUCUUGCACAAAGGGGCAUCGAUAGCGGAGUUCCUUCUUCCUUUUGGCUUGCUAAGGUGAACGUAUCUGGAGUUAGGAUAGGGGCUGUUGUGGGAAAUUUUCUGUAAUCUGUGAUAAACUAUGGGUGGACAAAUGUUGUUGUGCACUUCUGGCGGUUGGUACUUGUAGAUAGUUCAGUAAUUAGAAUAAUUGAUAUGGUCGUAGGAUUG